ACUUUACAAAGUAAUGCAUCAACAAACUUUAACUGAUAUGGAAAUUGAUAAAUUUGAAGAUGAUGUAAAGCAAUGGAUUAAAGAUUUUACUCAACCUACAAUUGGAAAAUUAAAUUCAUCAAACCAAUAA